ACUUUUUUGUCUUCAACAACGAACUAAUAAUCAAACGUCGAACACAUCUAAGCGUAGACUUCAUCUAAACUUUCUUUUGUUCUACAUUUUCUUCACCAACACCUACACAUCGAUCAACUCGGUUGAUACAACUUCUGAUACAGCAUAAAACUUCGACGUCGCAUCAAAAGCAACUACAACAAACCUACAACCUCAACGACCUCCAUCUUCGAGGACAAGAAUAGCAAAACACUAGUUCGUUUCUACCCGCCGCAAGUACCACGCAAAAAUGGUGCGCACCAACGUUCGUCGCACGGUGAAGGGGGAUGAGCUGAAGCCGUUCGAGGCGAUCGCGGAGGAGUUCAAGAAGGCGUACUCCAUCUGGGUGAAGACGCGGAAGCAGCGCGGCAAGCUGGAGAAGAACCCGGAGUCGCAGAUGGUGAAAAACCUGUACGCCAACGAGCACAUGGCUUUGUUCGCGCUGCUGGAUUCCCUCUCCUCGUUAGUCGUCAACUACAACAUGCGUCUGGAUGAGCACGUAUGCAUUGCAAAUAUGUCGAGGUCUGGAAAGAAUGGGAUUUGUGAUGCUAGCUGUCGAUCACACAAAAAUCUGUAUUGCAUGAGUAGAGUCAAAAGGCGGUCAGAUUGUUGGCACUCAAAGACGGCAUUUCUCAUGCAGAAUAGGCAUGAAUAAAACCUUUGCGAAAGCUGUGAUGCUAGAGAAUGCAUCACACGCAUCGAAAGCCAUGUACAAAUUACAUGAAAAUCUUCCACACCCAGACACAUUUGCAUUUGAUAGCACGUGGGCCAGAACGCGGACAAGUACACGGAGAUGGUCACGUGGGUGCAGCAGGAGAUGGACGACGUGGUGACCCAGGGCAGCCUGCUGGAGGCGGAAGCGAACUUGAACAAGGAGCAGAUUGUGUACAACCUGCUGAAGUACCUGGAUUUGAACCGGCAGACCAAGGUGGUCGCGAAGCAGAUGGCCGCGCUGGACGCGAUUGCGAAGGUGGCGGACGACGGCACGGAAAAAACGAAACCGGCCGAGAUGAUCGUGGAGAAGUUCGAUCUGAACGCGGAAAAGGACGCGGCCAUCGCGGUCCCGCAGGACACCACGGUGGUGAACACCGAGGCGGGCAACGUGCGAAAAACCGUUGCCAUCGGGGACGCGAACGCGGUCGGCACGCAGCGUCUGUCCGCCACCAUGCCCACCCACGACGGGCUCGGGGCGGCCUGGGACGAAAAUGUCAAACCCCUGACCGACCACGAGGACAAGGCCACCGAGCGGGUCGUGUUCCAGGACAUGCUCGCGAUCGUGUCGCCGGACAACAAGAAGUUGUCGGCGUCCGAGACGGAGCUGAUCCGCCUGAACAUGCAGGAAGCGCUCUGCGCGAAGCAGACGCGGUUGCUCACCCGCGGCGGCUGCACCGUCAUCGAGGUCGCGGACAGCAUUGAGCGUGUCACGCCCUUACAGAUGCGGGACGCGAUGCUGACGGCGUCCUGGCCCUACGACACGGUCCCGGUCACGCGGGUCCGGGACGCGAACUGCCCGCGCUUCUACUGCAACCUUCCCCGGAACCUGGACAACAAGGAGGUUCAGGCAUUGAAGGACAAACUGCAGGCGAGUUUUGACUGCCUCGACAUCCGCGCCGACAUGGCCCCCGAGGAUCCGGCGAAGAAAAACACGCUGGCGGUCACGGUAUAUAUUUAUAUGAUUUAGUUGGUUUCUGAUUCUUUUUCGUGUAGUUCUAGUAGACACGGGCAGCUUAAGGUUAUCGAUCCCCCUCCCACCCUUGCAUCUUCUUACUUUCGCAAUUUCCGUACAAAACGAAGGCAAUGAAUCUACUUCGCAUUCGCGAACAGGCCAAAACGCGUUCUUACUCACCAACCUAACUCCACUCAGGCUAUCGAGCCCGUCGGGAAACUGGAUAUGGCGAAGAUCGAGGCCGCGCUGAAGAGCGCCCUUCCGAAGGAUUGCGAGCCGAAGGACAUCACUCGCGGACAGUCGGUGGAGCGGUACUUGGCCACCCUCGCGGAGUGCCCGGCGCGCCACUCCCAGGAGCUGAUGCUGAUGCGGAACAAGCUGAAGCAGAACCUGGGCUGCAAGGAGGCGCGCGUGGUGCCGCGGUCCGGCAGACUGAACGUCGAGGUGAUCCAGCCGCACCGGGGCUCUCCCACGGCAGACUAUGCAUUGUAAAAAUGUCUGGGUCUGGAAGGUUGCAACUUGUAAUGCUAAUUCUGGAUCGUGCAAAAAUCUGUGUUGCAUGAAUGCCAAAAGCUGUCCACUUUUGACCAAGUUGAGAGGAAGUUUCUCACGCAGGAUAGGCAUGAUAUGGAUCUCACAGAAUCUGUCAUGCUAGGCCUCGCAUUCCAGACCUCAUGGCUCAUGCAAAACAUGCAUGACAAGUCUCAGAAUCUUCCAGACCCAGACAUAUUUGCAUUUGAUACAGAACAGGUGAAGGCGAUUCUCGAGGAGGUCACGCCAGUGCAGGGCGUCAAGUACGGGGAAGGUAUAAACGCCUGUUUUCAUUUUGCACCAUCGCUCACAUAGCUUUACCUACUUUGCAUGUUGAUCUUGAACUUGAUGAUGUGAAGACCCUUCCACAACGGCAGUGGAACGAAGUACUUUAGAAAGGUUCUUUACAUCCGAUUUAUCUGCCCCCGAAUAUCCUCUUAAUACAGCCGUCGUGUUUGCGCAGCAGGCCGCCGGCGACGCGGUUGCUCAGCCGCUGGCCCAGGGCGAAGUGGACGCUUUGCAGAAGGCGAUCACCGCGCUCCAGGGCCCCAACCGCACGCUGAAGCUGAGCCAGGCGGACGGGUGGCAGGUGGCGGACGUGACGUAUGGGUCGGGCGCGAAGGACGCGGAUCGGGAGGGCAUUCUGGAUUUGAUCGACGCGGGCAUGGAGAAGAUCGGCAAGAAGGGCGGCGACGCCUACUCCACCUUCUCCACGCCGGAGGACAAGCCGACGCGCAAGUCCCGCGCCACCAACUUCAACUUCGCCCCGGACUCGCGGCGCACCGACGGUGCGGCGAGAAACGCGCACGGCGUGGAGAUGCCGCGCGAGACCCGCGGGGACGGGCCGCAGAACUUUGACAAGCUGAUCGCGGACGAGCACAACCUGCAGGGUCGCAUCUCCAUCGCGCUGCCGGUGUACGGGUUUGAGCAGAACGUGCUCGGGCCGAACGCCAUGAUCGACGGCGCGAAUUUGUUCGCGAAGGACGAGACCGUGAAGGACGGCUGCGUGGCGGUUGGAUCCCAGUACGCGUUCGACAACGGCGGUUACUAUGCGGAGGCCAAAGUCAUCAAGACGGCUGGGACGGACCCGACCGGGUUCAUCGGCCUGGGUUUCUCUACGGUCCCGCUUGAGAAAUACGGUGAGAAGCUGGGCGCGCGGUUGGCGGACUUGGGGCAGAACUGGGUGUGCACCGGUCCCUACCCCGGAGAGGAGACGCACACGCUCUUGUGCAACGGCAAGCUGAACUUGCGGUUCGUCUACGCGCACGCGCAGAAGAAGGAACAGCAAACCAUGAACUGGCAGGUCGGUGACACGUUGGGCGUGUGGGUGCGCAGGCGCGACGGAAAGGCGAAGGAGUGGCUCUUGUCGGUGUUCAUCAACAAGAACCGAAUCUACACUUGCAACUGCAACAUCCCGGACGGGAUCGACCACUUCCGCAUCGUCUGCGAGUGCGGUGGCCGCGUGAAGGGGAUCAAGCUCCUGACCGACGCGCACCCGCCGGCGCGUCUGGCCUUGAACUACUGGUACAACCCGCUGAAGAAGGGCGCGCAGCGGAUCAUCGAGAACAUCCUGUUUGUCGACGAGUCCUGCGCCAAGAAGCACCCGCUGAAGGUCGACUGGACCAUGAGCAUGAGUCCCUGCAACAUCAGCCACACCGAGACCAAAAAGUGCAAAAUUCUGACCUGGUCCAACCAGACACUGGCCACGCCGCUUACCCGCCUUCCGGACCUGGACAAGAGCCUCGCGCUGAAGUGCAGCAAGAUGAUUUUGGUGCUGAUGGCUAACCGAGUGCUGGAGCAGGGGAAGGAACCGACCUCCGACGAGCGCGCGAAGAUCGCCUACACCCUGUUCUGGUACUUCAAGCACCGCCAGUGCCUCCGCGACGAAAUCCUGCUGUUCGUGAUCAAGCAGCUCACGCAGAACCCGGAGCGCAAGUUAUCCUAUGUAAAAACGUACCCACCCCAUAGUCAAGAUGGGGAAUCGGCUAGACAAAUCGACAAUCUUUGGCUGUUUCGCAUGACAAAUUUGGACGCGUAGUGUUGUAGUGCUAUUUGAGCUAGUUCAGCAGCAUUACAGAUCUAGUCUCUCAUGCUGAUUGGAGCAUGACAAAUUUCAAAACAGCAUUAGAAAACGCUUCUCAUGGGGCUCCGCAUGAGAAACAUUCUAAGCAUGCAGAUUUGCAUGACAGCUAUGGUUUGGGGACGUUUUUACACAGGAUACAAGUCCACCCUGUUCGGCUACGUGUUGCUCCAGAUCUUGAUGUAUCAAAUGUAAAAAUGUCUGGGUCUGGAAGAAUGCAACUUGUAAUGCGUAUUUCAGAACACAGAAAAGUCUCUCAUGCAUACGUAGCAAAAGCUCCCACUUUUUGUCAGCGAAAUAGGGGACUUGUAUUGCGGAUUCGGCAUUGCGGAAGGUUCUCGAAACCUGUGAUGCUAGAGCUUCCAUGCCAGACCUUCUGCGUCAUGCAAAAACAGCAUGACUCUUCCAGACCCAGACACUUUUACAAUCCAUAUGAUGGAGGGCGCGAUUGAGGCGAAUUACCACUUGCCGAUUCUGCUGGACGAUUUCCUGAACAACCAGGAGUCCACGGACCCGAAGAUCCUGGGCGAGAUCACCAAGACCAGAAAAUUGUUCCGCGACAUUCACGACAAGUUCGCAAACCAAUUCUUGGCUGACGACGACGAGUAAAAGGUUGGCGAUCGUACGUUGUUGACCGCCGCAUCCUGCAUUCAGAAUGAAGUAUAAACAAAAAUCUUUAUUGACCGAGUAGUAUUGCACACAUCACCAUUGCUUCGAAGUUUCGAGCUACUGCUACACAAGAAGUGUAUAGCUAUAGUGUUUAUUGAAAAGAAAAUGCGAAGUUAUGAAGCAAUCAAAAGCAUCUCGACGUUGUUAGUUCGUUGUUGUAAACAUGUAACACUCAGCACACUAAGUGACGCUGCUGCGAAAGCGACCGAAAUCGCGAUUUUAUGAUUCUGAUAGAUUACAAGGUCCCAGCACGGGAAAAAGACAUAAAAGUAGAACAGCGGCAUCUUCUUUCAAACGGGGUCGCAACAAAAAAUGGAUAGGGAACAUUAUACUUACUUACAUAUUCACUUAUUUUUUACACUUGCAUUUACAUUGUAUGUAGAUUAGAGACCACUGUGACUGCUACAGAACAUACAGGGUCUUACUUCACGCACUUAAGAGUACUUACGUAAAAAGAUAAAAUUUAGGGAUUUUCAUCAUGCUGUACCGUGAAAAAAUCGAAAAGUUGUACAACAGUUUUUGCCUGUUUGGAGACCUAAUUUUUGUGUAUAAAAACUUGCAGUGUCUAGAUCUGGGCAUUGUUUGAGUUUUCAAAGCAGCGAGUCUGGGAUAUAUUUGCGGCCUAUGAUGGAGUAUUGAUGCACAGCAGUUCACUUCUCCUGACCAGGCCGCAAUCGAGGAUGUAAUGUCAAAAAAAAACUCCGGAUUCGCUUGCUCAAAGACCCGACAUUGAUUUCACA